AUGUUGUCUACACAACUCAAGUCGUUAUGCAUUGAGGAACCACACGUGAUGCCAUUCCUGUCUCUGGACGAUCCUUUCAAAUCGCCUCAUGCCUGUACGCCUGUUCGCGAGUAUGGUGCUUCCGAUGUCACCUCGGACGAAUCCACAGAUCUCUCAUCUCCUGCCGAGCCAAGUUCACCACAAGCGCCCGACGUUGACGACCAUGCUGACAUAUCACCGAGUGUUCCGAUCAUUCUCCCUGACCGACAUAUCGAGGAUGCAUUAAGCGUUGACAUACUCGAGUUACAUGAAAGUUUAUUACCCACAAUGGAUUCCUAUGUGCGUCGUACAAAAUUCGUGAACAAGAUCGAGACAAUCCUUAAUGAAGAGUGGCCUGGUCAUGACAUUCGUGCAUAUUUGUUUGGAUCUUCUGAAAAUGAUUUGGGUACAAGCACAUCAGAUGUUGACAUUUGUUUGAAAACAACAUGGCCGAAUCUGGAAUUAUCUACUUUGGCAGCAGCUCUACGUAAACACGGGAUGGAACGUGUGUGGAUGGUGCCACAUGCAAAGGUGCCUAUUGUCAAAAUGUGGGACCCAGUAUUACAACUGGCUUGUGACAUGAAUAUCAACAACACUCUUGCUCUGCAGAAUACAAAGAUGGUAAAGACUUAUUGUGCCAUUGACCCCAGGGUGCGCCCCCUAGCAAUGGCAAUCAAGCAUUGGACACGACAACGUGCCUUGAAUGAUGCAGCUUAUGGAGGAACCCUGUCCACAUAUACAUGGACAUGCAUGAUCAUCAACUUUUUACAAAUGCGUGAACCUCCCAUCUUGCCAGUGCUCCACCAAAUGGAUCAUGAAAAGUCUCCCGACAAUGUCGUUAUUCACGGCCAUGAUUCCUCAUUUUUCACCAAUGUCGAUGCUCUACAAGGUUUUGGAAGGCGGAACCAGGAAAGUUUGGCAGGGCUUUUAUUUGCUUUCUUCCGCCGCUUUGCAUACGAGUUUGAUUACGAUACUCAAGUCGUGUCUGUGCGGCAUGGUCGCUAUUUGAGCAAAGUUGAGAAGGAAUGGGAUCAGGGCCAAAAUAGUAGGUUGCUAUGUGUGGAGGAGCCUUUCAAUGUAUUCCGUAACCUUGGCAACUCUGCUGACGAGGCAUCCGUGCUUGGCAUCAAAAUUGAAUUUCAACGUGCAGUCCACAUUCUUUUGGAGACUCAUAGUCUUGAUUUGCUUUGUCAACCUGUUCUACCAUCAAGCCAACAACAACAACAACAACAACCAUCAUCCUCUUCUACUCAUCAUCGCCAUCAUCAUCAACAUCAACAUCAUUUACGCACGCAACAACAACAACAACAACAUUAUGCUAUCCAAGCACCACCACCUCCAUCACAACAUGCAUCCAAUGUUUCAUCAUUAACAAACAACAACAUGACAUCGUAUCCAUAUUACAUGUAUUAUCCAACAACCUCCACUCCUCAUCCUCCAAGUGCACUUGUUGGCCAAGAUCCUCGCCAAUAUUGCUAUUCACCUACAAGAUACCAAACGCAUCAUUCCAAUGUAUAUACUCCAUUCCCCUCGAACAACAACAAUAUACCGCGACCCAAAUACAACAACAACAGCACCAACAACACAAAUGCAGCCCCAUCGUCUUAUGUAAAUCGAUCUUAUUAUCAUCCCAAUUAUCAAAGACAAGCCAACAAAGGAUCUGGGAAAAGGCACCGAUCACCGAUAAACCAGCCCUCGAACGGCAAUGGCAGAUACCAGCAACAGCAGCAACAACAUCAACAGCAACAACAAGGCUAUGGUCAUGGUCAUCAGCAAUACAUACCAAUCCAACAACAGCAGCAGUAUCAUCAGCAACAGAUGUCCAAUUCACGAGGAAUCCAAAGGGUUGCUACUCGAUCAUCACCACCACCACCCCACCAAACGCCACAUUGGCUAUCACCAGCACCAUCAAUACCUGCUCGAAAUGGAUAUACCAACAAUACUACGGGUCAACGACAACAGCAAAGUACAAAGGGAAGGCGAUGGAAUGGACCAAAAAAGCCAAAGGGGAAACGGAUACAACAGCAUCAUCCUCCUACUGCUCGCCAAAUCUUUGCGUAG